ACUUCACUGCGCAUGCACUGAACAGAUAGGGAAAACGAUGGACGACAGAAGUGUCUGUACUCCACACUUUGCGGAGUCAGACGCUCAAAAUAACACUACCAGUACCCCUAUUGCGGCUUCUGCCACAGAUGCUGACAAAGUAAUAAACACUAAAAUAGAUAGUACCCAGGUUGAAGGAGACCAGAGUGAAGAGGAGCUCCUGAAGGGUCUCUUGACUGAUGAUUACUGCCACGUGUGUGAGGCUGUGCUACUGUUUGAAUCUCAGCGCCUUUCCCAUUAUGAGGGAAAGAAACAUGCCCAGAAGCUAAAGGUCUACCUGCAAGCCAAGAGAGCUGAGAAGAUGAACAAAGAGGCUACCGGACCCCAGUUGACAAUGAUGGCUGAUAAGGACCGUUUCUGUGAGCUGUGUAACAUGGUGUUUAGUUCUCCCGUUGUGGCAAAAUCCCAUUACGAAGGCAAAGUCCACAUCAAAAAUCUUCGUAAACAAGGCCUUCAACCCUCAGACAGGUACAAAGAGGUUUGUACUUCACCAAGUCUGACUCAGGAUCCUGGUAAUGCUGACCAGCAAUCUGCCUCAGAGGGUGAUAUGGAGCAUCUUCUGGACCCAACACCCACCACAGCCAGCGCAGAGGUGGAUCUGAAGGACUCUAACAAGUACUGUGCCCUGUGUGCAGCCUCCUUCAAUAAUCCCCAAAUGGCUUUGCAGCACUACAAUGGACGCAAACACCAGAGGAAUGCAGCUAGACAGGAGCUGCUCAGGGAGCUUGGAGACGAUGUUCAAGAAGCCGACUCCCUGAUGUGUCACAUGUGUAGUGUGCAGUUUAACUCUGUGGAGAUGUACCAGGCCCACAUGCAGGGAAACAAGCACCAGAUUAGGGAGAAGAAGGUCAUUGACCUGUGCAAAUCCCAACAGAAAGCCCACAGCACAUUUGCAGAUGAACUGGCAGAUUACAUUCAGGUCCAGAAGGCGCGAGGAAUUGUCCACAAGACUGGCCAUGUUCUUCCUCCGGCUGACGCUGAAAAGGAAGAUGAGGAAGAUGAACAAGAAGAGCUGAACAAGGGGGAUAUCGUACAAUUGAUCAAACCUAUGCCCAACCUUCCUCCCACCUCAUACCCUCCUCAUCCCUCCCACCCUGGUUGUUUCUACCCAGCUGAAGGGUGGCGUCCUCCAUAUCAGGGCCCACCACGGCCGCCCUGGGGCUGGGACUCCAACUGCCCCCCUCCAGUCCUCCCAGGCUCAGAUUCUCCACAGUUCUCUAGUCGGCCCGUAAAGAGAAAGAGGCGCAGAAGGCAGUCAAGCUCUUCCUCGUAUACUACCUCAUCAUCUUACUCCUCCUCAUAUUCUUCCUCCUAUAGCAGUAGCACAAGUGACAGUGACAACAGCGAACACAGGCGAAGAGAAAGGAGGAGGAUUAGAAGAUCCAGGAAGAAGAGAGGCAGAAGGGCAAGAGAUGAGGACUCAGAUAAAGAGGAGAGGAGGGGGAAGCAACGGAGGAGAGUAAGAGAUGACUCAGAGGAGACAAGGAGAGAGGAAUAUGGAGAGUCAGAAGAAAAGAGGAGGAGGAAAAAGCGAAAACAUCAUGGCAAGCGGAGAAGACAAGAAAGGAAAUCCCGGGAUGAGGACUUUGAGGAGGAUGGAGAGGAAAGGGUGACGGACAAUUUACAGCAAGAAGACAUGAUAGAAAAUAGAAAAGAGACUGAAGUGCAUAUUCAGACUGAAAUUAAUGUUGAGCAGCGAGAGGGUGGAUGGGAUGAGCCAGCCAAACCCAAAUACAGGAGAGAGAAGAAGAAAGCAAAAGAGAAAGCAGACACCAGGACGGAGGAGGAGAAGCUGUGGGAUGACUCCAUCCUGGGCUGUUAAUCUCAAGAGGCUCAGUUUAAGUCUUUUUUCUGAACUGCUGACGUUGAGGCAAAAAAUUUAAGUUAUGAUUAGCAUGAUAUUGAAAAUCUCAAAAACUGUAUAUUAAAAUAAUCUUGAUAGCAGUUAACAAAGCAUUUUCCACUAUCUGCUUCAGUAGUCCAACAGUGUUGUUCUCCAUAGGUGUGCUAGCUGGCUAGCAAUGUUUAUGCAUCCAUCUCAUUCCAGUGUGUCAAAUUUGGUUUCUCACUCAUAACCACAACUAUAUCAGCUUUAUUUUUUGUUAUGACACUUUAUAAUGUCUUUGAGUGAAUUCAUGUGCACAGUUAUUAAUUGUUGGCUGUAAUUUUUUUAAGAUCACAUAUUAUUUUCUUGCCUAUCUUUUGAAAUGAUCAAGAAGUCCUCUUGACCUCUUAACUCAUCAAUAAGUUAAAUUAUGUGUGAUUAUUAUGUAUUUGCACCUGUCAAGAAUUUGUUAGAUUGUGAUACCUUUAGCAGCCUGUGGAUGGCGCUGUUGAGCUUCAGUCCGAACAUUAGUAUACAACAUAAAAGCCCAUAAUUGUUAGAAGCUUAGUCAUUUAAUUUUCUUUGAAGCUGUUUGUGCUUUCACUCAGGCAGACAGGCCUAAAGGUUGAAGAGGGCUGUUAGAGAUGUAGAGAGGCUCAGCAUAUGUCAGAUAUAGUGGAAUGAUAAAAUAUAACUGUGCCUGUUACACACACUGUAGCACAUAUUUAAAAUUAUUAUUUAAAAUUAUUUCUAAAAACAGGACAGUGCAAAGACAUUGCCUAUCUACAGUGCAUUUGUCUGUGUGUUGAUGUAUUUGCACACCAAAACAGCACAUUGGUCAGACAGGUGCAAAAGUUCAAAUGAGGACAGUGUUUCACACACUUCAAGAUUCCUGUUCAGAAGCAGUCAGUGAUGGAUUAAACAAAAGCAGUUGAAGAUUCUUUAAGGUAACUAAAAAGAAGCAGUUCUUUGUGGAUAAAAGGUGACAUAGCCAGCCGUUGUUGGAAUAAAAAGUAGGGAAAAUG